GGCCGGGGCCGGGGGGGCGCCGGGGCCGGGGGGCGGCGCUCCGGCCCGGCCCGGCCCCGCCCGAUGUCCAUGAGCGCGAACACCAUGAUCUUCAUGGUUCUGGGGGCGUCGAUCGUGAUGGCCAUCGCGUGUUUGAUGGACAUGAACGCGCUGCUGGACCGCUUCCACAACUACAUCCUCCCGCACCUGCGGGGCGAAGACCGCGUCUGCCACUGCAACUGUGGCCGGCACCACAUCCACUAUGUGAUCCCGUACGACGGGGACCAGUCGGUGGUGGACGCGUCCGAGAACUACUUUGUGACGGACAAUGUGACCAAGCAGGAGAUAGACCUCAUGCUGGGGCUGCUGCUGGGCUUCUGCAUCAGCUGGUUCCUGGUGUGGAUGGACGGCGUCCUGCACUGCGCCGUGCGUGCCUGGAGGGCCGGCCGGCGCUACGAUGGCUCGUGGACCUGGCUGCCCAAGCUGUGUAGCCUGCGAGAGCUGGGCCGGCGGCCGCACAGGCCCUUCGAGGAGGCCACGGGGAACAUGGUGCACGUGAAGCAGAAACUCUACCACAACGGCCACCCCAGCCCACGGCACCUGUGAGCCGUGCACAGGACUCCCGGGGCCGCUGUGCGGAUGAACAAGGGAGCUCGUGGACACCCAGCAGGCAGGACGGGACUGCGGCCUCGGGGCCAGGGUGUCCCAGACUGGGGCCAGCCGGGCUGUGGCUGCCGGGCAUGUCCAGCAGAAGGUGCUGUCUCCUCUUCUUUUUAUAAAGGGGUCGGGUGGGCGGGGUGGGACGGCUGCCAGCCUUGGCACAGGGGCCUGGCUCUCUCGCCCUGGAGGUGCUGGGCCACCGGUUGGGCCCUGGGGGGACAGGCCAGGGCAGGGCCGUGCCUGCCUGGGCCGCAUCUGAUUGAAGGCUGC